GCGACCGCAGCUGCUCCCGCACUGCGACGCGCACCCGCGCAAGUAUUGGGCUUUUGGGGCGGGGAAGUCGGCGGAGGCUGAAAUAUGGAAGCAGGCGGUCAAAGCGGAGGCCCAAGUGGCCGAAGGGGGUGUCACGGGAGGUUUUUCUUGGGAUGGCACCAAGUAUUAUGAAUCGUUCAGGCUCACCGCGCUUAGGGAUCGCUCCCUGCAGGCGGGCCUUAACCCCAUCGUGGUCAAGGUGACCUACAAUGUUUGGCGCGGGCCUCGGGUUUUGCGGCUUGGCUCUGACCACAGCCUUUCUCCGAUGUGCGCGAAGUGUGGGUUGCCAGCAGGAUCCUGCCUGAAUGAUAUCAACGUUAAAGUUUAUGCUAUGGUCCCGUUCGACGGUUUCGUUGCCAGGAAUCCUGCUGUUGACCUUGCUUCGUACGUCGACGACGACACCGUCAGCGCGCGCGGCUCGGCGGACCAUGUGGUCCAAGUUCUCGGCCAGGCAGCUGAGGGCCUGGAACGUGUUUUUAAGGGAGAUUUAGGUGUUGGUUUGGCCCCCGACAAACUCAUGACCUUCGGCUCCACCCCCGACUUGUCGCUGCGAGUCGGACGCAGGCUCGGAACGCUGGCUGGGGCGGUCGGGGCCCACGUGGUCUCGCUCGGGGUUUCGGCGGCUAGGACUAGUACGGGGGAAAAGGACAGCUUCAUUCAGAGGGCGAGGGAAGGGGAGCACAACUUCUACGCUGGUCUAAAGUUUGUCAACCCCGUCAAAGAUAUGCCGCCUUUGUCCGACCAGCACGAGCCUUACUUGUAUAGCGCCGAGGGUCAGCGAAUGGACUGGGCGGACUUCGACACUACUGAUUUGAAUGUG